UUAAAAAGUCGACGGCGUUAGUCCGAAGUAAACACAAACAAGCGGAAUAAAACCAUCAAAAAAAUACACAAGAAAACAAGAAAAUGGCCGCGAACUGACAUCGUUCAACCCGGAAUCUGAAGGUCUCGUCACAGAAACAUGAAGAAGAAGGUGAGAAGGCUGCAGGUCUCAGACGCCGGCAGCAUCGGGGAGGAUUGUUGUGUCCUGUGCAGGUUUAGUGAUGAUGAUCCGGCCAUGUUUGGGGAAAAGGUCACACUUAAGGAGCACAAACUCUCCGUCCACUACUUCUGUUUGCUGACGUCCUGUGGAGUUUACCAGCGGGGGGAGGAGGACGAGGGGGUGUUCGGUUUCCUGGUGGACGACAUCAGACAGGAGAUCCGCCGGUCGGCUCGACUGACGUGCUGCAGCUGUAAGAAGAAGGGGGCGUGUGUCGGCUGUAACGUCAGGAGCUGCAGGAAGACGGUUCACUUCCCCUGUGGGAGGAAACAGAGCUUCAUCUCUCAGUUCACCGGCCUCUUCCCGUCCUACUGUCCAGACCACAGUCCCACUCAGACCCUGUGUGUGGGCUCUGACCUCAGUCUGCCUCAGUCCUGCUCCGUCUGUCUGGACUCCAUCGACCCCGUCCUGUCCUACUCUGUCCUCAAGUGUCCGUGCUGCCACGCCAGCUGGUUCCACAGGGACUGUGUGCAGCGUCAGGCCCACAGCGCCGGCCUCUUCUUCUUCAGGUGCACUCUCUGCAACAACAAGGACAGCUUCCAGGAGGAGAUGCUGCGGCUGGGAAUCUACAUCCCAGAGAGAGAUGCCUCAUGGGAGUUGGAGGCAAACGCGUACUCGGAGCUGCUGGAGGUUUACAAGCGCUGUGACGCUCUCGCCUGCCUCUGCAACGACGGACCCAUGCACUCAGCAAAGACCGGGUGGUUCGAGGUGAUUCGCUGCCGACUCUGUGGAUCCAGAGGGACUCACAGGAAAUGUUCGGGGCUGAAGCUGGACACCAGCGACUGGGCGUGCAGCGACUGCACUCAGGCCACGGAUGGGAAAGCCUCCCUCGUCGCGUCUCCUCAGGGAGGUCAGAGAAGGAGUCGGCUGUCCAAACACCACCUGUCCCCCAUCCACUCCUCCAUCAGCUGUAAAAGAUCUGGGUCACCUGAGGAGCUGCUGCAGGCUCUGGCCCCUCAGCUUGGUCCCCUCAGUGUCCAGGUGGAGGUGCGUGGGUGCCAGGCUCUGUCUGCAGGUCUGGAUCUGGUCAGGAGGCCCGACUUCGACCCCACACACGCUCUGUCCGUCAGGUUCAGAGACGAGAAGCAGGCUGCAUUUCCCAGCAGCGAAACAGCCAGGCAGUACUUCCUGAAGCUGCUGGUGCAGCAGAUCCAGGACUCUGUGGUGUUCGAGGGUCCAGAUGGAUCCAAAAAUCUGGCGCUGGAUUCCCAAGCUCUGCGUGAGGACCUGUACUUCGACGUCGGCUGCCUGCUGGCUCUCUCUCUGGUUCACGGCGGUCCACCUGUCGGCUUCUUCUCCCGCGCUCUCUUCCAGUGCCUCUUCAACUUCCCGCCCAACCGCCCGCUCGCCGCCACACACAUGACCCCCGACACGCACUUCACACGCCAAGUCAGCAGGAUCGCGGAGGCGGAGUCUUUAGACAACCUGAAAGAGGCCACGGCUUCUAGCUGGGAGUACCUGGAGCUGGCCGGCUGCAACCGACCAAUCAGGAGCCUGAAGGACAGACAGGCUUUGGUGGAGGAUCUGGUCUGUUUCACCAUGAUCACCAGGAUGCAGCUGCCACUGCAGAGGUUUCGGGAAGGCUUGCAGACGUUAGGUGUCUUUGAUCAGGUGCAGCUCUUCCCGUCGGCGUUCUGCGGCGUUUUCUGUGAAGCGGACGACCGCCUGACGGCUCAGACGCUCGCUCAGCUCUUCACCGUCCACUUCUCUCAGCAGGAGGACAGACUGAACAGGGAGACGCCCGUCGUCACCUUCUGGAGACACUUCCUGCUGGAGUGUGAAGUUGGGAGGAGCUCCAUCUCCCUGCAGGACCUCCUCCUCUUUGCCACAGGAGCUGAGGUGCUUCCCACAGCCGGCCUCCUCCCUCCUCCCUCCAUCUCCUUCCUCCACCCCCUCAGCUCCUCCCCACCAGGAACAGAGGAGGCGGGCGAUGAGGGGCUCUUCCCUCAGAGCGAGCCCAGCUCCAAACACCUCCUCCUGCCCGUCACCUCCUCCUACCAGGCCUUCAAGAGCUCCAUGGAGCAGGCCGUCAGCCACCACAUGCACCUCCUCCCUAUGGAGAGUUAGGGGGGGGGUUAAUGAUCUGCAUUUUACAUUAUAUUUAAAUUAGAAAUCUGUUCAAAUCUGCUCAAUUAAAUCUAUUGAUCGUUUGAUUAAAAGUAAAUGAUUAUAAGACGGAGACUCGGAGGUCAGAGAGACGACUCGUGUUGUUCAACAAACCCAAAGAAAAUCUGAGACACCGGAGAAGCUGCAGGUAGAUUACAUAUGUGACAGAUGAGUUCAAGCAAUUAACCAAUCAUUGAUCAGCUAAUCAGGGGACACAGGUGACAGGUCACUGAUCCAGUGUCCACGUGGGACAAAUGUCCAGAAAUCACAGAGAACAGACGAUGUUUCGAACUGCAGGACGUUCAGAAACCUCGUGUGUUUCAGUGUCCGUCAGUGACGCGGCGACAGUUGUCUGGUUCACUGCAGACAGGAGCUGCUGACACACGAUUCGGCUUCUUUUAAUGGGCAAAUAUUGGCUUAAAAUCCCGAGGCUCAGCUUGUAGCUCACGUUAUCCUCUGCUUGAGAGCGUGAUGGGAGCAGCUGUGUCAGGCUACGUCCACACUCGUUUCAAAACGCAUUUUUCCAGCCCUGAAAACAGAGUUUUGGAAACGCUGCUGGAUGCGGGGUUUUUUAAAAACACUGAGGUUGUGUUUUAUUUUGAAAACUCUUGGGUUGUGUUUUAUUUUGAAAACUCUGGGGUUGUGUUGUAGUCUGGACAGAAACUCAGACCUUUGUAAACGAUGAGGUCACACCUACGGUCUCUGCUGAUUGGCUGUCAUCAGCCUGGACUACCAGUGAUGAAUACAACAUGAUGAUGAUUGACAGUGUUACUGACCUUGUUGUCUUUGCAGCUGCUGUUCACUUACAUUCUCUGUUUUAAUGCUACAGCUGUCUCUGCUGUUCCUCCUUCAGAGGCUUUACUGCAGAGGAGACGAUCUACUUCCUGUUUACACCGGCUCGCACAUGCUCAGUGCAGGUGAUUGCUCAGGUAUGUGUGUUAGUCUGGACGGAGAUAGUUUUGGUUCGAAAACUUAAUUUUAACAUGAAAACGUAGUCGUGUGGACGUAGCAUCAGUUUAGUCUGAGGGGGGCGGGCCCACAGUGUCAGGCCCCACCCAUUUAAAAAUCAGUCAGAUACUGUUUCUACGCAGAGAAAAGUUUGUUCUCUAUCUGACACUGAGCAGGUGAUGAGACCAAAUACACGUGACACAAACUACAUGUGUCUUCUACAGGUUUGAUUUAUAGUAAUAUAUUAGACUUUUAUAUACAUUUUUCAUCACCAUGUUAAUCCCAUUUUAAUUUGUCAGAUUUGCCAAGUGGGUUUUUGUUUCAUGCACCAUCAGUUUGUCACUUUGAUUUCUCCAAAAAGAUGACCACAUUAAAUAUUGUUAUUAUCACAAUAGUUGAUUGACUUAUUAAUGAAUCAACUAAUGGCGGAGUAGCUCUCUACGCCGUGAUGUCAUCCACCUGAACCACUCCGCAGCCGCCGUCGCUCACUGAUGAAUGAACUGAACUCCAGGUGCCUUUAAAAAGUCACAUGUUCAGUUCUUUUUCAAACCUUUUCCUGCGUCUCAUGGUGAAAUGAUCAUAUUUUAUAAAUUACGAAACAUCUUCAAAGUUUUCUUUUCUAAAAAUCUGUGAAGCUGAUUUUGUGUUUUUGGUGCCGUCAUAUUUUUAUUGUACAUAGUUUUGUUUUGAGCUUUUACUGAGGUUUUCUGUUUCUCCUGUUGUUUUCUUUUUUUACUUAAUUAAAAGCUGAACAAAGUGUAAAAAGCAGGAACCAAACUUAAUAAGAAGUGUCUGUUUGAUUCUGACAGAUUACUGUUUGUUUUCUGUGACAUCUCAACAGUGAAUAUGUUUCACACAACAUAAUGUUUUUUCUUUUUCCUUUCCAAAUAAAUUAAUGAAUUACAGUAGUGGGAAAACAAAAAGAAAAUGAAUGAUAGUAUUUUUUUUAAUGGAUUAUCUCUGUUUUUCACCUGAAUUGAACAAUUAAGGAACAUUUACAUCUUCAUUAAUGGAUUACUCUUAUUUUAUUGAUAUUGGAAUUUAUAUUAAAUAUUCAAGUACAAUUAUGCUUUUUCUAGAUUAAUAAUAAAUACAAAAUAUAACAAACAAAACAUUAAAGUGAUAAACACAUUAAUGCAUCAAUAAUUAUAUAUAAUACAAUGCUUUAUUUUGAAAUGGGUCAUUCUACAUAGUCAGUACUUUUUGUACUUGAUGUAUAUUUU